AUGCAAUCGAAGUUGAUUUGGUUUACGGAGUCUGAGUUCUUUGAAGCAAGCGGUACAAUUUUACUCAACAUUAUAUUCGACAUAUAUUCGAUUUAUGUGAUCUACCAGGAAUCAAAAGUAUUAAACAUUGGGCUGAAGGAGUGUUUUGAGAUGUAUAACAGUGAAGAAAAUAGGUUAGAGAGAAUAUAUAAGAUACCAAGAACAUAA